AUGUACGCCUUUGCUCAUAUCCUGUGCCUGUUAGGACCCAACCAACAACGGCCAUUACAUGACAGUCACCCGGCUAACAUUGACAUUCGGUCCACUCCCCUUCAAGCAGCCCUGACCUCAGAAAUCAUACCACUCCUCGUCAUUCUGGCGCUGUACCACCGCGACAAGCUCUCCCACGGCAACUCGCGGCGCUUCCUCGGCGUCAAGGCCUACCACUGGGGCAUCCUCGUCACGCCCGCCUCGCAGCGCGGCAGCGACUCGCACGCCUUUGCCGCCAGCGACGCCUCGGACAUUGACCCCGUCACCUUUCGCCUCGGCGACCCCAACAUGGACUGGUUCCUCGACGCCAAGGGGCUCGCCGAGUCCAAGGGGCUCAUCGACCCCGCGCGCAGCGGCAAGCUCAUCGGACGGCUCGUCGUCGGCGAGGUGCCCGACGAUGUGACGCCGCAGGCGCUGCACGACUUUUUCGCAACGGUGCCGCUGCCGGUCAAGAACACGGACCCGCAGCAGAGCUGCGUGACGUGGGCCGUCGCCGCGGUCGAGGAGGCCCAGAAGAAAGGGUGGGUGCGCAAGUUUGAUGUCGACAGGAUGAAGGAGGACGCGCUUGCGUAUGCGGACGACAGGAACUCGCAGGACCCGACCGAGCCGGAAGUCAAGUAUUAUGGUCUAGGCGCUUAG